AUGGUUUCCGCUUCCAAGGCAAAACGUGAGGCAGAGCGCGCCGCAAAGCGUGCCGCUGGCGAGGAGAAGCCAAAGAAGACCGCAGCCAGCAAGCUCGCUACUCCCGGUGGCUCCAAGGCUACCUCUCAGGCAACUUCCAAGGCCUCUUCUGUCAACGGCGAUGACGAUGGACCCGACGCCGCUCAGUUAGCCAAACUUGAAAAGCUCGCCUUACAGGAAGAUGAGCAUGGUCUCUCAGACCGUGUCACUACUGGUGUUCUUGCUUCUCUGGAGGCAUCCCGUGACGUCAAGGUCACUUCAGUUUCGUUGGUCUUUCAUGGAAAGGUCUUAAUUCAAGAUGCUACUCUUGAACUCAAUUAUGGUCGUCGUUAUGGUCUUCUUGGUGAGAACGGCUGUGGAAAAUCUACCCUUCUCAAGGCUAUCGCAAAGAGGGAAUACCCGAUCCCCGAACACAUCGAUAUCUAUUUGCUCAACGAGCCAGCCGAGAAAACCUCCUUGGGUGCCUUGGAAUACGUGGUCAAACAAGCAGAAAACGAGUUGAAGAGACUCGAACAAUUGGCAGAGGAAGUAUUGGAGAACGAAGGUCAUGACAGUCCCAUCUUGGAGGAUCUCUACGAGCGUAUCGACGGAAUGGACCCUUCAACCUUCGGAACUCGUGCCUCUCUUAUCUUGACUGGUCUUGGAUUCAACCCUGUCACCAUCAAGAAGCACACCAAGGACAUGUCCGGAGGUUGGCGUAUGCGUGUCGCAUUGGCCAAGGCUCUCUUCGUCAAGCCAUCACUUUUGCUUCUCGAUGACCCGACUGCCCAUUUAGAUCUUGAGGCCUGUGUGUGGCUUGAAGAGUACUUGAAAAAGUGGGAUCGUACACUUGUACUAGUCUCGCACUCUAUGGAUUUCUUGAACGGUGUUUGCACAAACAUGAUUGACAUGAGAAUGAGGAAGCUCAUCUACUACGGUGGUAAUUAUGACACUUACAUCAAGACAAGAACCGAACAGGAGGCCAACCAAAUGAAGCAAUACACCAAGCAACAAGAUGAGAUUGCUCACAUCAAGAAGUUCAUAGCCUCCGCUGGUACAUAUGCCAAUUUGGUUCGUCAAGCCAAAUCUAGGCAAAAGAUUCUUGACAAGAUGGAGGCAGAUGGCCUCAUUGAGAAGGUUGCUCCUGACCGUGUAUUCUCCUUCCGCUUUGCCGAGGUUGAGAAGCUUCCUCCUCCCGUUCUUUCUUUCGACGAUGUAUCCUUCUCCUACAGCGGCGACGCUAAAGAUUACCUCUACGAAAACCUUGAUCUGGGUGUUGAUAUGGACUCGCGUGUUGCUCUUGUCGGACCCAAUGGUGUUGGAAAAUCUACUUUGCUCAGAAUCAUGACCGGAAAGCUUCAGCCGACCCAGGGAAGUGUUAGCAGACAUACUCAUUUGAAAUUGGGAAUGUACUCGCAGCAUUCCGCGGAACAGCUUGAUUUGACCAAGUCUGCUCUGGACUUUGUUAGGGAAAAGUACAGGGAGAAGAGUCAAGAUUACCAGUACUGGAGACAACAACUCGGUAAGUAUGGUCUCAGUGGAGACUCUCAGACCGCUUUGAUUGGAACCUUGUCGGAAGGACAAAAGUCCAGAAUUGUCUUCGCCUUGCUUGCCAUUGAGUCCCCGAACAUGUUGCUUCUUGACGAGCCUACCAACGGUUUGGAUAUUCCAACAAUUGACAGUUUGGCGGAUGCUAUCAACGCCUUCGACGGAGGUGUCGUUGUCGUUUCUCACGAUUUCAGAUUGCUCGAUAAAAUUGCCAAGGAUAUUCUUGUGUGCGAGAACAGGACCAUCAGGAAAUGGGAUGGUACCAUCGGACAAUACAAGAACCAUCUUAGGAAGAAGAUGAUGGCUAGUGGCUCCGUCUAA